AUGCACUUCCACCUAGCAUGCGAUCCAUACAGCAAGGCCUCACAUGCCGUCUUUGCUGCCUUAUCCAGCGCUGGCCCAUGUUCUGCCAACCUCGCGCUCUUCAGCUCCACUUCCAGGGGGCAGCGGCUAACGGACACAUCCUCCCUCUUAGACAUUAGCGUCAUCCACGAGAUUGUCGUGGCCGCCCAGGAGCACCUGGACGGUCUCCCAGAACAGGACAGAGUCCCUACCAAUUCUCUCUUUCAAGCCUAUGAUGCAGUCCUCCCCGCGCAUGGGAUUGACCCGGAGAAUGACCAGCAUCUCUCGAGGCUCGUUUUUAGGAUUGGAGGCGAGCGAGGCGAGGGAACGCUAUUGGAGAAGUUCGGUUCGGUUUUGUCGCGGAUGGGGAUUGAGCUCGAGUUCGAUACUAGCUCAAUACCCGCGGAACCGGAGCUCUCCGAGGUUUCCCAGACCGAAAUCACAUCGCCCCGGUUCAGACCGACCCUUGUUAGCCGCGCCAAGUUCGCUGAGAAGGAUCUUGCCGGAGGCGCCGCUCUACCUUCCGCGGACUCUGAGACAGAGUCGCCGUCCUCGUCCAAGUCUGCCGGCACGACGGCGACCGAAACUGCUCAUACGACCCGGCUAAUCUCGCACGGGCAUCCGGCUCACAUUCCGUGUGCUGGUAGUAUCCCCCAACACAAUCUCCCCGCUCAGCCACCGCGCAGGAAAGAGCCAGCACGGCAUACCCCUGUUGACUUGCCUAUGGCCCUCAGAGCUAGCGGUACCAAUACCCUAAAUCCGGUCAGCCCCACUGCCUCAGAGGACAAGCAAGCCCUUCUUGAUGAUCUUGAAGAUGCGUCAGCAGACGAGCGAACCAGUCAACUUGCGGAGCUCGAGCUGGCGUUUCUCGGACAGAGGCUGUUUAACUCUUGGCUGAAUUUGACUACCCCUCCCGAAAACACCGAGGAAUAUCGCAGGAUAUUGGCUGAAACGGUGUACGAACGUAAUGUGACUGAGGCACUUCUCACCCAGUGGAAAGACCUAGCAUAUUGGAAGAGAUCAGCAGCACAAGAGGCAGCGUGUCUCGAGUCCUAUGCUCUCUCCGCGUUGAAAACCGAGAGGACUGCGGUUGCUCGAAGACACAUACUGCGAUUAAGACACUUCGAUUCGUGGAAGGAGGUUGCCCUAGGGGAUUACCGUGCUAUCCGCACCUUUGUUCACAGAGUCUACCUCCCGAGAUGGAACGAGCAGCUGGAAGUUUUAAAACAAAAAGAGGAGACUGCCCAUCAAGCUCGGCGCCAAACCCUUUUAUCAAACACCUUCACGGAGUGGCAGAGGCUCACCUUUGAAAGCACGGUCCAAUCUCGAAGAUCUCGGCGUCUCAAAGAAUCUGCUUUCCAUUUGUGGCUGCAGGCGAGCCAACUUCGGGUUCGGGCCACCGCUGAUUCAGACAAGCACCACAAGGCCAUUGUGGUUGUUAAAACGCUCCGGGACUGGCUUUCUCGUUCAAAACACCUCGGAAACCAUAUUUCUUCUAGUGCCCACCAUUUUCAAGGCCGCAUGUUAUCUACCCUCUUCUCACGAUGGCUUGCGCUUCCUCGUGGGGAUGCGAAGGCCACGAACCUAUACGCUAAAGACACGCUAUCAAAGUACUUUCAUUUAUGGAACCUAGAUACGAAGGUCAAGAUAUUCAAAGUCGACCAGGACCUUCGCUUAGCAUCGCAGUAUUUCCUGCUGUGGGUAACUCUCCAGAAGAUUGAGACAUUCCGAUUGGAACGCGACGACCGCUUCAGAGCAGGAAUCUUUAAAUUAUUUCUACGUCGAUCAGGCGCGCUUGAGAGCAUGGCUCAAACGAACCAUAUGCUCCCCGCCGCCGUACAUGUUUCCCAACCUGUCAUCACGUCUCUGUUCGAGUUAUGGCACCAGCUAGCCGAAGAUUCCGCAAGCCUGAAUGCAAUGGUGCUUGAUAGAUCUCACGCGGCCACCAAGGUAAAUAACCUUAACGACUGGUUUGAAGCGACCACUCACGACACCGAAAUGGAGAGAUGGGCACAGCGCGGCGCGUUCUAUCUCUCUGUUCAUGGCAGGUUUGGGGACUGGAAAACUUGGGCGAAGCGUGAAAGAGAGCGAAAACUGAGGGUUACCUACACCAUGGCCAAGAACGAAAUUAAUGAGCGCCUCGUCCUUGGCUGCUGGGAGAAAUGGAGAGCCGCAUGUGUCUCCACGGUCGCCUUGAACCGAACCUGGACGCACGUAGUCCGCACUCAUGACCAAGAAUUACUGGCUUCGGUGAUGAAGAGUUGGAUGCGGGGUGUACGACAUGCUCUAGUCCUUGACCAGCACAGCCAGCACUUAUUGAAACAUUCCCUACUAGAUAACUGGCGCGCGAUGGCCGAAGCAUGCAUCUACGGCGAUGCAGAAGCGUCACAACUCUGGGUUGAACGUAUCUUAGACUCGUGCUGGACUCGAUGGAACAUUGCCUUUCAAUGGGCAGAAGGCCAGUCCUACAAUGCGGCGAAUACGAUCGAAAGGCGCCGCAGAGAGGCCCUCAUCAAGAAUUUCCUGCUUUGGGGUGGAGUUAACUCUGGCAAUGAACCUGAAGAGGACGUUGGUCAAGGAAGUGUCAACGCAGUCAACGCAGUCCUUAGCCAAAGCGAUGCGGCGUGGCGUGAGGUUCCAAAACGGCACCGCUUUACACCAGGGAAUAUGCAGCUAUGGUCGAGAUCGAAUUUCUUAGACCCUAGGCGGAAGUCUACCCGUUUACGUUUGGACAACGAUGAUGGUGAUCUUGAUAGUCUCGUCGGGACGAUAAACACCCCGACAAGACGGACUGGCCCGGCGAGAUCUCUGGCGGGGUUGCCAUCUACCACGCCAGCUGGCCCACUGCCCACGCCAUAUGAGCGCGAACUACGUGAGAGAUACAUGACCAGGACAAAGGCGAAAGGUGAAUAUGAGGGCGAGAGCUAG